GGGCGAGAGCUCGAGGAGGACGCUAUCUGCUGCAGUAAACAUGUCUCAGACAGCGGCUCUCAGGUUGACCCGGUUUUGUGUCCGCAGACUUUCUCCGAGCUGCUGGACCCGAGCAGUGAGCACUCCGAGCACUCCGCCGCUGACCAUCCGCGAGCAGGAGGACGGAAUAAGGAGGAUUGUUUUGAAUAACCCUAAGAAGAGAAAUGCCUUGUCUCUGGCCAUGCUGAGCUCUCUGCGAGAGGACAUCCUGACUGAUAUAGAUGACAAGGACCUCAGAGUCAUCAUAAUAUCAGCACGGGGGUCUGUGUUUUCUUCAGGUCACGAUCUUAAGGAGCUGACCUCGGCACAUGGCAGAGACUAUCAUGCUAGUGUGUUCCAGGCUUGCUCAGAGGUCAUGACCCUGAUCCAGGACGCCCCAGUACCUGUGAUUGCUAUGGUGAAGGGUAUUGCCACAGCAGCAGGAUGCCAGUUAGUCGCCAGCUGUGACAUUGCUGUGGCAUCAGAAAGAUCCACCUUCGCAACCCCUGGAGUGAACGUAGGGCUGUUCUGCUCAACUCCAGGCGUGGCCAUCGGAAGAGCUGUACCCAGAAAGGUCGCUAUGGAGAUGCUGUUCACAGGCCGCCCAAUUACAGCGCAAGAAGCUUUGCUACAUGGGCUGGUGAGUAAAGUCGUGAGCGAGGAGCAUUUGGAAGAGGAGACGAUGAGCAUCGCCCGCAGAGUGUGCGAAUCUAGCCGGCCUGUGGUGGCUCUGGGGAAAGCGGCAUUCCAGAGGCAGAUGGCACAAGGCCGAGACGCAGCAUACGCCACUGCCACCGCUGUCAUGGUGGACAAUCUGGCACUGCGCGAUGGGCAGGAGGGCAUCAGAGCUUUUAUAGAGAAACGCAGACCUGUGUGGACCAACAGCAAUGAGAAAGCCCACGAAUGACUGUAAACCAGAAGUGCAAUUAUGUAAAGCAACAUUUAAAGAUAAAAUGAAUAUGCCAAGACUGAGAUGGAAAAAUGUUUAUUCCUAAAUGGCACACCGGUUUCUGUACGUGCUGAUAGCAGAUUUGGAAUAAGAGCAAUUCCAAAGUCACUUCAUGUUAGGGUCUAAACUGCAGCACAUGCAAGCAAAUUCAAGCACUAUUCCAGUUACAUAUUUUGCAAACUCUAAUUAGAGGUUAAAUUAGAGAGAUAUUUGUUUCCAAUAUCCAUUCAAAAAAGUCUCUGUUAAAGACAGUUGAUUAAAAUUAGGGCUGCAUGAACUCUUUAGACAUUGACAGAUCAUUGUUUAAAUCACAGUGUAUGUAAUCACUUGCAACUGAAUGAUAUUGAAUGCAAGAAAACAUUGUAAAUCAGAUUUGAUGUAUAUGUAACCAAGAAAA